AUGCUUCAUCAGACCAUGGAGACUCUGCAGCCGGAUGUACAGCAGGAGAACCACCUGAAGAAGCCGAAACAUGAGGAAGCGGUGGUGAACUUCAUUUCUGAUGUUCCUGCCUCACCUCGCGCGCUGCCGCAGAUACAUAAGGUUCCCUUUAAGAGCUGGUACAUGUCCAAUUACUGCAACGACGUACAUUUGUUGUUUAUUUUGCGGGUUCAGCGAUGUUUGCCCUCGAUGCAGCGUGUUUUGACGUUCUACUUUAAGACAUGGAGUAUCACAGGGGAGACGGAGUUUUACACGACUUUCAUCCCGCUGCUGUUUUGGAUGGGCCUCCCAUUCGAGGGCCUGAACAUGUGCUUGAUUAUGUGUAUAAGUCAGUACAUAACUGGGGCUAUGAAGGACAAAGCUGGUUGCCCGCGUCCGCCUUGCCCGCCUGUUGAUCUACGCGGCAGGGUGAGUACGUCCAAGGAGUACGGCUACCCUAGCACUCAUGCAUCUCAUAGUGUCGUAUUUCCCUACGCAGCAUACAAUUUACUUGCCUUGUUUCUUCCCGACCAUCCUAUUCUAUGUUCGUUGGUGUGUAUCGCUUUUUCCAUCAAUGUUUCUCUUUCGCGGUUAUUCCUUGGUAUGCACUGGCCUGCGGAUCUGGUAGCUGGAUGGGGCCUCGCUGGUAUAAUCGUCACAUUUCACCGUGCAUUUCUGGAGGACUGGUUGACGGCUAUCUUUGCCCUGGAGCACGCCAUGCUGUGGCAUUAUGCCGUAGCCUUUUUGAUUAUGCACGUUCUGGCAGUGUUGCACGCGGCACCCGCUGACCCGUGCCCCUGCUACCUGGACAGUCUGCGCUUUCUUGGCGCCACGCUGGGCGCUUUCUUCGGCACGUGGAUUUUCCGCUCACACUACGGUGUGGCGGAAGUCCGCACACUACCGACCGAUGUGUGGAGUGUGGUCUUCUCAUUUCGCUUCUUUGCGGAGUACAUGUGCUGCCUGUUGGUCCUUGUUAUAGGAAAGGAACUCACAUCGUUUGCCUCCCCUCGAUUUCUACGCUGGUUCUUUCUUAUGGCCUCGCGAAGAGUCUCAGGGGAUCGUUCAGGGGUGCUACAGAGGGUGUGCGUUCUGCUUUCUCAUACCGUGCGCCGUGCGUACUGUAUACCGUAUCAUGAAGAUACAACUGAAGACGCUUUUCGUCAGACGCCGCAGCACCAAGAUCAAUGCCAAGCUUCUAUCCCCAGCGACAGCAUCAGUGCAUCGGGUGGUGUGGGUAACACCACUAAGAUUCUGGAGUUUGGCGUGCAGCACACACCCGAGGUAAAUGGGUUUUUAAGAGAAAACAGCCAGAUGUGGUCUCCGCGCACGCACAAGCACUGGUGGCUGUGGGAAGCGCAUAGAUGCACGAUUUCAUACUUUGCGGUGGGUCUACUAGUUGCGUGCAUUUGCCCAAUGAUCUUGCGUGAAUUUUUCGGCGUAAAAUAA